UCUUCGGGUAGAGGUAAAUCCACCGUGACCUCUGACCCCUGGAGAAAGCGCUGUAGAAAACACACACAAACACACACGGUUAGUGUUUGCUGAAGUGGUCAGCUGCAGAUGACAGCGGACAGAAGGACGCUGGUGGUUUUUGACACCAAGGGUUGGGUGAAGCCCAUUCAGUGUCACCAACAGUGUCUUUCUGCCGUCGGUGGUCACAUAUUGCACCGGGCUCCAACACUCACCACAACACAUUCUCCAGCACCAUGGCUAUCACCGACUUCCUCGCAGCCUUGGACAUCACUGCGGCUAUUAGCGCUUGUAAAGCUAAGGAUUCCUUCAGCCCCAAGAUGUUUUUCAAAACGGUGGGUUUGUCCAAGAAGAAUCCGACAGAUAUCAAGAAGGUCUUUACGGUUUUGGACCAGGACAAAAGCGGCUUCAUCGAACAGGAUGAGUUACAACUGUUCCUGCAGAAGUUCUCCAAAGGAGCGAGGACACUGACUGCAGCUGAGACCAGAGGUUUCCUGCUGCAGGGAGACUCCGAUGGAGACGGGAAGAUCGGCUGGGAAGAGUUUUCUGCGCUGGUCAAGUCUUCAUAAAACACGCGUGACCUCUUUGACUCGUCGUAUGGUGAUAAUCUCAGGGCGCUCUUCUUUUUCUAAUGUGUAUUAUCUUAAAUAAAUAGCAUCCAGGGAUCUUAUGUGUUUAGAGUGAUGAGUUGUAAUGAAAAUAAAGCUCCAACAAAGUAAAUGUUGCCUUUCUGCUUUGUGUCUUUCCCUGACAGAAAAGUGUACCAAUAAACAAACCUU